AUGUGCAAAGGUAUAGAAGAAAAAAAGCAUGCUGGUUCAUGCAGGAGCUUGCCACCUGCAGAGAAGUCUUCGUUUGCUGUUACAAGAGGUUGUUCGACAUCCUGUGAACUGUGUGGUUUCCAGGCUUCUUUGUAUUGUCUAGCAGAUGAUGCGUAUUUGUGCAGAAAAUGUGACAAAUGGGUUCACAGUGCUAAUUUUUUAGCCCUGAGACAUGUAAGGUGUUUUUUAUGCAACACAUGUCAGAACCUUACUCAGAGAUAUCUGAUUGGAGUCUCAGCAGAGAUCGUUCUUCCAGCAAGAUGGAUUGAGCAGAAACAGAACCUUCCUAACAUCCAUGAAUAUCGUUCAAGAACGAUAAACAAACCUUUAAACUUUCUCUAG